GUCUGUCUCCUCCUCUCUCGGCCACAUGAGGUUAAACUGACAUGUUCCUGCUGCAGAAUGGACUGAUCCAUGCAUUGAGCGUUAUAAGUGUUGCAUAUUGAUGGCUGCCUGUGUGCUGUGUCAACGUGGGCCCAGGCUGCGCUGCCUCAGAGGCUUGAGAAAGAAUUUAACCCAGGCUCAACCCCUCUAUGGCAAAACAGAGGAGGAGGCAGACGAGCAGGAGGGGAAGAAAGGGGCAUCUCAACACCAGGAGGCCUCUCUCCAUGGAGGUUACAGGCUGUUUUACAACCCGUCUUCAUAUCAUCGCUCUGAGAGGAACGCUGCAACCUCCGGGAGCCACACAGAUAAUGACGAGGACGAAAGGUGUCUCUCCUUUCUCGCCCCUUCCUUCUGGCAACAGGGCAACCGCUACAGCGUCAGUUCCUCGCGGCAUCUUUCCAGCGCCAAAAACACACUUCUCGAUUUAGCUUUCAACAAGAGCUCUGAACCCGAGAGGCCGCCAACAGUGUCACCGUACCACAGGCAACCCGUACCUCCGGACGUUAAAGUGGAUCCACGUGUUUUCAACAAAUGCCGGCCUGAGUAUGCCUCCAUGACCCUUGACCUCACCCAGCGGCCUCCCCCAGUAGAAUGGGAAGAUGUGUCCCCGCUGCUCCAAAAAGUGGCUGUUUUAAAAGGCAGCAUGAAGCCAUCCGAUGUGUCCCAGUUUCUCGUGGAGCUCAGCCGCGUGGACCCGGACAAGACGUCGUUGAUAAGGAAUAACCAGCGCUUUGUCAUGCUCCUGCGCUACUCUGUGGAAAACCUGCGCCUCUUCACUGACCUGCAGCUGCUGGAAGUGCUGCAGUCGUUCGUGUGGCUGGAAAUGCCCUCUGACCACACGGUGCUCGGGCUGUACGAGACUGAGCUGAGCCGCCGGGCCAGCCAGAUGACUUUACACCAGUUGCUGUUGGCUGCUGAUUUGUGGCGCUGCAUCGGGAGACAGGUCCCCCAGUUCUUACAGCACCUCUAUGACUCGAUCCAUCUGUACGUGGGACAGAUGGGGGCCCCUGAACUAGUCCAGCUGUUGUAUAUAAUGGGAGAAGGUAGGAAGUGCCCGAGGGGCUUAAUCCAUCCUGUACAACAGCUUCUUUUGCACCAUUUACAACAAUUGUACCCCGAGGAGGUUGGUGUUGUGUGCCUGGGGCUUUUUAAAUCCCAAACUUCAAUAUCUCAGAGUGCAGUGGCAUCUAUUGUUGAUAAGGCAGUCUCCUCUGUGAGAGAGAUGAGUGACUUUGCGAUGGUGAAUGUGCUGAAGCUCUUGCGGUUCAGUUAUUUGUACCACAGAGCGUGGAUGGAGGCCAUGACACAGGAAGUUCCUCGACGGGCCCCCAGGAUGGGUGUUCAGGGCCUGAUGCACGUGGCGUUGGCCUGCUCAGCACUGCAUUAUCGUAAUGAUGACAUCCUUGUUGCCGUGGCUGACAGAGUGCCCUCGCUCGUGCCACACUGCAGGAGCAAGGACUCAUGCAAACUGCUCUGGGCCCUCAGCUCAUUAAGGUUUCUCCCGGCUCAGAGUCCGAGCUUCUAUCCGAGCCUGACAGAAGCCCUGAGACAGAGGAAGGCCGAAUUCCAACGAUACCCAGAGCAUCUGCUCACUGGUCUGCUAGGCCUGGCCUUUGUCUCUCACUUCCCAGAGGACAUGAUUGCAUUAGCUCUGAGCCCUGACUUUGUCAAGCAAGCGCUGAAAGCAACACAGCUGGAGCUGAAAAAAGACUUGCUGACUUUGGACGGAGCUGUGGCUCUGGAGUUGCCUCAGUGGACCGGGCCACGGUUAAGCCGCGAACUUAGGGAGGAGAUAGCUGAGCUGCUGUGGACGUUCGCUCAGUCCGAUGUGUGCCACAAACCUGAGGUUCAGGAGGCAGAAUCCUCUCUCCAAGAUCUGCUCGGAGGAGAGGAGUUUGUGUGCAAGAGAAUGAUUCUGCCUCACACUCGCUCCAUUGACCUGGAAGUACAUCUGGACUCCACGGGAAACCCGAUACCUGUUAACCCAACGUCCCACUCAACCACAUUAUAUCCUGAGAAGGAUUCAUCCAAAGUAACUUUAAACCAAGGGUGGGGGAAAAUGAAUCUAGGGGCAACUAUAACUGAUGAACUUUUAACACAGCUGAUGAACACUAAAACCACAACAGAGCCUUUAACUCCAUCUCCUAAGACUACACCUCUUCCCAGAGAAAGACUUGAUGAUGGGAGACUGUUUGUCACAGGCCUUGACCUGACCAGUGACCUGAUAGAAACUCUUACUAAACACAGUACCCCUGCUGGCUCCGACCCACAGGAUGCCAAAGCCACAGUCAAACUGGCAAUCCAGGUUUCCAGCAGGAACCACUACUGCUGCCAUUCACAGCAGCUGUUGGGUCUUCAUGCCAUGAAGAGGCGACAUUUGAAGUUGGCAGGCUACAAGGUUGUGGAGCUGAGCCGUCAUGAGUGGUUUCCCUUGCUGAGGAAAAGCAGGGCCGAGAAGCUGGCGUACCUGCACUGCAAAAUCUAUGACAGUCUGUAAUCCCUCUGUGACCUGCAAACACCCAAAGAAAACACACAGAUGAUGUAGGCGCUAUGACUUCUGGGUAAUAUUUAUUCUUAAAUCUUGUCCAAAGGUCUGAUAAGGACAAGUGCAAAUAUUCCUUUGGCUCCACCUGCCACUGAUUCUUUUGUACACGUUCAGGAUGUUGAAAAAAAAAAAAGACCUUUCAAGAUAUUUUUGUGAGAAGAAUGCAAAUUAAAAAUAUUUAACAGAACGCUGUCAAGGUCAUGUAAUUUGCACUAGAUUUGCUUUUAUAUCCCAGGAUCUGCAGAAGAAGAAUAAAUGGAAACAAUCUUUUGUAUUAUAUUUGACUGACUUCACUCAAGCGUGGGGGUUCUUUUAGAGGUCAGUGCUUCUCUUUCAAGUGUAAGGAGAUUUCCGCCCCAAUUUGUACGUCAAAAUCAUAACGUCUUCAACUAAAGGAAGCAGUUGUUUGCUGGUACUGCUGCUGCUCCCGAACAUUAAAACCUGUUCCAUAAUUUGACAAAAGAAGGUUUAAGAUGUUCUGUCAGUUUCAUACCAAAGGAAGCAAACAUCUAUGAUAGAGAUUGUGAAUUCAAUGCAGCUCCUGAUACAGAAGUUACCUCUCACACAGCUCAGACAGACUUACUUUAUAACGGUUUUCUAGCUUUGUAGUAAAUGAGGAGGUAAAUUCCUGCAUUAACUCAGGUGAAUGGCUUUUGUUCUGCAAAACCAUUUUCCAUUUUUACUUCUUCUUACAGUGAUGUUUCUGACACUUGAUCUUUUUCAUGUUCUAAGCAAAACUGUCCGCUGCGCUGCUGAAGUUCCUCUUACAAGUUGAACACCUUUUAUUUGAGACCAGUUUGACAAGGACUUAAUAAAAGCCACAAUCCCAGGAGGUAUUUUAAAUGGCGGCCUUGUCGCAAAGCCUUGUGCGAGCCGAAAGGGAUGACUCUGUCUGGUCCACCUUUAUGUGACAGAAUAGAGCAACUAUGUGUAUUUUAUAUGUAUUUUAUAAAGAAUUGCUGUCGUUGCAGGGUACAGAUCCUGAAAAUAUUCUUUUAAUAUUGAUUUUAAACCCUUUCUUGCAGUGGACAAUCGCAUCCUCUUUAAAUUAAGCUGGGGUGAAAAUGUUCAACAAGAGGAAAUCAUUUGAAGUGUGUGGAUAUCCUGAAUCAAAUAAACUCUGCAAUAUCCGGAGCCAAAACUAUGUAGCAGCUGCUUUUUCAGUUGAGUAAUAGGAGCUUAACAACAAUAAAAGAACAGAAUCUAGCAUUCAUGCCACUAUAUCAUGUGUUGUUAAUGCAGAAUGUGAUUCAUAUGCCUUGUUAUGCAACACUGUAAAUACUGCUUUAGAAAGUGGGGGUGUAUACUAAGUGGCUGACAGGUCAAGACCCCACUUACUCUGAAAAAUGAAUCCUUUCACACUGGAUUUAACUGA